GCAACAUAUUUCCAGGCAGAAGACAGAAGUAUAGCUACCGCAUUGGCGCAUUGUGAACUCUCUCACCUUCAUACUGUGAAUUUGUGUUCGACCUCUUUCUUUUCUGCCGCAGAUUAUCGUCACGUUGCUUUGCUUUCAACGAUGAAGAGGUCAAGGGAUGAUGAUAAACUGCCCAUGGUGUCUUCUAGUGUGGAACCCUUGGGGAAACCACAAAUGACGAGCGGGGGUUGGCAGAAACUAACCACAAAUGAUGCUUUGGCAUAUCUCAAGACAGUAAAGGACAAGUUUCAAGAUAAGACGGAAAAGUAUGAUGACUUUCUGGAAGUCAUGAAGGAUUUCAAGGCUCAAAGAAUUGAUACAAUGGGUGUUAUAGAAAGAGUGAAAGAAUUGUUUAACGGUAAUGAAGAUCUAAUUUUGGGAUUUAAGGUCUUCUUGCCAAAGGGAUAUGAAAAUGCCCUUCCAUUGGUGGAUGAACAACCUCCCCAAAAGAAGCCUGUUGAAUUUGCGGAAGCCAUAAAUUUUGUGGGCAAGAUUAAGACUCGUUUUCAAGGCAAUGACCAUGUUUAUAAGUCAUUUCUAGACAUAUUAAAUAUGUACAGAAAAAAAACCAAGUCUCUCCCUGAGGUUUACCAGGAGGUUGCGGCCCUUUUCCAGGACCAUGCAGAUCUUCUUGAGGAGUUUACUCGGUCUCUUCCUGAUACAUCAGGAACAGCCUCUACUCACUUUGCUGCUGUUAAAAUUUCUCUCCUUCAUGAUCAGAGCUCUGCUAUGCCAACAGUGAUGCAAAAGAAUGUUAAAAAGAGAGAAAGGACCAUAGUAGCUUCACAUGGAGAUCCUGACCUCAGUGCUUCCCAUCCUGAUUCAGAAGUUGACAUGUGUUUGAUGAAGGCUGAUAAGGAUCAGAGGAGUCAUGGUGCAAAGGAAAACCAUAGAGAAGAGAGAGACAAGAGACUGCAGGAAAGGGAUAAUCUUGAUGGUAUUAUGGAGUGUUUAUAUCACAAGCGGAAAUCUGGUGGUAGAGCGGAAGACUCUAGUGCUGAACAAUUGCAUGAUACUGAUGAAAAUUUUGGCAUGCACCCUAUCUCAUCUGCUUCUGAGGAUAUAAUUUCUUUGGAAAGUAUGUGUAGUCCUUUGCAUGGUUACCUUGAAAAGGUUGAGGAGAAAUUACGAAAUCCUGAGGAUUACCUGGAAUUUUUGAAGUGCCUACUUAUUUACAGCAAGGAAAUAAUUACCCAACCAGAAUUGCAAUCAUUGGUGGGCAAUUUACUGGGAAAAUAUGCAGAUCUUAUGGAGGGAUUUAAUGAAUUUUUAGCACAGUGUGAUAAGAAUGAGAGAUUCCUUGCUGAUGUCAUGAAUAAAAAGUUCUUAUUGCAUGAAGUACAUGGACCAAAACCAAUGAAGGUAGAGAAUAGUGAUCAAUAUUGUUGUGGGGGUGACGGGAUGAAAAAAAUGGAUCACAAAUGCGGAGAAAGGGACAAGUCAAAUGCAACUGAUGACAAGGAUCUUUCAGUUCCUAAUAUGCCUCUGUGUGCCAGCGAGGAUAAAUAUGCAGCAAAACCUACAUGUGAUCUUGAUCUUUCUAACUGUGAACAAUGCACUCCCAGUUACCGUCUUCUACCAAAAAAUUACCCAAUUCCACCAGCUAGCCAGAGAUCAGAACAUGCUGUAGAGGUAUUAAAUGAUCACUGGGUUUGUGUUGCUUCUGUUAGUGAGGAAAAUUCCUUUAAAGUCAGGUGCAAAAACCAGUAUGAGGAAAGCUUAUUUAGGUGUGAAGAUGACAGCAGGGUUGAACUUGAUAUGUUAUUACUAUAUGUAACUGAGACAAUUGAAGAAGUUGUAAAGCUCUUGGGAAAAAUUAAUGCUAAUACAACUGAGGGAUGCAGUCCAAUUUGUGUUGAGGAGCACUUAACAGCUCUAAAUUUUAGGUGCAUUGAACGAAUUUAUGGUCAACAUGGGCUUGAUGUAACGAAUUUGCUAAAGAAGAAUGCAUCUUUAGUUUUGCCGGUCAUUUUAACCCGCUUGAAGCAGAAACAGGAUGAGUUGGCAAGGUGUCGUGCUGAUUUUAAUAUAGUCUGGGCUGAAAUAUAUGCAAAGAACUAUCACAAAUCACUUGAUCACCGUAGUGACUACCUUAAGCAGCAGGAUACAAAAAGCUUGAGCACUACAGACUUAUUGGAAGAAAUCAAAGAAAUCAGUGAGAAGAAACAAAAAGAAAAUGAUUUUCUUGCAAUUUCUGCUGUAAACAGACAGCCUAUUAUUCCUCUCAUGGAAUCUGGGUAUCCUGAUCUGGAGAUUCAUGAAGAUGGACCUAAUGAUACAGAAGGUGUUGUCAAGGCUAAGAAUAAUUCUGCCAAAAGUGGUAUUGCAAUUGCCAAGGGUCAUGUUAGUCUUGGUGUUGGAUCUAACAAAAUGAAUCCCAAGAGUUUGAACUCUAAUAGAAAUGGGAAUGAGAGUGUUCAGCUAGAAGAAUCUAAUUCCUGCAAAGAACGGAAAACAAAUGAGGAUAAUAUGGUUGAGGAGGAUAAUUAUCUUUAUUUAGAGUGCUCUACACUUAAGCCUGAAACCUUACGCCGUAGUACACAGCAGGGUAAAGUGAAUAUAAAUGCAUCCAUUCCUAAUGAAGUCUCAAGAGGCAAUAAGCAAGAUCAUUCCAUUGAACAGUUAGUGAUUGCUAAUGCCUCACUGUCCUCUGGUAUGGAGCAAAGCAAUAGAACAAAUAUGUAUAAUGCAUCAGGACUGACAUCUACUCCAUCAAGACCUGGUAAUGUUCCUACUGAGGGAGGACUUAAUUUACCUUCAUUAGAGGAGACAUCAUCACUAUCCGUCUCACAAGGGAAAAUUGUUGCUCACGAUCCCAAUGAUAUUAUUGGUAGAGCUUUGAAUGUACCUGAUCACCCAGGCUGUGUUAAGGGAGUGGGAUUUGGAGUGACACAAAAGACUUGUGUUUCACCGCAACAAAGGUCACGAUCUGUUACAGAUGAUCAAGCGCAACAAAUGAAGGACGUAGACAUCAAAGAGCAAAUGGCCAAGUUGCAAAUGGAAAUGCAAAUGCAAAUGACUAAAGAGCAACAAAUCAAGAAUGACUUUGACAACCUCGGAAAGCAAAUUGCCAAGUUGCAAAUGGAAACGGAAAUGGAAAUGCAAAUGAAUAAGGAGCCGUAGGCAGAAGGUUUGGGUGGCCCAAGUGCUAGAAAUAGUUGCAAACCUACAACUACUCAUAUACCAUAGACACAUGUAGUAUCAUGAGGAAAAAGGCAAAGUUUCUCAACGUACAAAUGUGUGGAAUAUUAAGAAUCCAAAGAAAGAGCAGCAGUGCACUUGAUAUUUCUGGCCAAGCCAUUGGUUCUGACUUGUGGCGCCGCAUAUUGAGGUAUAUCAAAAUAAAUUUUCAAGGGAGGCGACCAAGUGACGUUACGUUACACAUUACAAAUGAAAUCUUUUCAUUUGUUGCUAUGGAGUACAUUGGUGAAGAAGAUUGUUAUAAUCUUGUUCACUUUCCAAUACUUUCUGCCAUUGUCAACAACAGUAUAUAUAUUUGCAUCACGUGGGUUGUCACUGCGAUUUUCUUCCUCCAUCUGAUACGAGGUUGCCACAAAAUAGUUACAUACAAAGAAAAACCUAACAAUUUGCUCAAAGGAGAAGUCAAGAGAUCCAAAUAAAUUGUAUUUUCUUCAUGAAGCCUGCAGCAGUUACUCUAUAGACUCUAGAGCGUAAGUUGAUCAAAUAAGAGAAGAAUGAUCAUCUUUUGUUUUUCAAAAUUAUUGUAUACGUACAUAGAUCAUACAUUUGAUUCUUUGAUUUUGUCUAUAUUUGUAUAUAUGUGAGUUUGACUCCAUAUAUUCUCAUUGUUCUAAUUUAAGCCACGAUUCAAUUUUGAUAAUGAUAAUGUUAUUACAUAGUUCUU